AUGAGUAAUCCUUUCGAUCCUUUUGGGGCUCCAGCUCCAGCUCCUGCUACUGCUGCUCCUCAAUAUGGAGCUCCUCCACCACAGGCCAGUCCUUCAAACUACUCUUAUCAGACUGCACCUCCUGCAUUCGCUGGGACUCCCCAGUCUCAGCAGUAUCCUCCGCAGCAGCAACAUCUACAGCAACCAUUCACUCCUAAUUCUGCGGCAUCCGCUCCCGCGUUUGGGAACCAAAUGGUAGUCGCCCAGCAGCAAUCGAAUCCUUACGGAGGCAUGGUCGCCCAACCACCAGUGGCACUCCCAAUGGAUCCAAUGCAGCACCAAGCUCUUGUGCCGGCUACUCAACACCCUGCUGCGGCGUCUCAGUGGGGCUUAGCACCAGCACCAAAUGGAUAUCCAGGGCCUGCUCCAGCGGGAUACCCAACCCCUGUUCCAGUAGGUGGCGCCUCUUUCGAUCCUUUUGCGCCGCCACCUGCUGCUCCUCCGGCACCCCCACCUCCGCCUCCUCAGCAGCCUGCGCCAAUGCCUCCGCAACCAGCAUACGAUGAUCAACCGUUCCCGUUUGAGAUGGCUCCUGCUCCUGCCCCUGUCGCACCACCUCCUUCGCAACAUUUGAGUACCGAGGUUGUCGAAGCUCAACGGUCGGCUUAUGAAAAUCGAGGAAACUAUGGACACGAAGGGGGCCGUGGUCGAGAAACCAGCGAUGAUCGCCCACAGGAAGUUAACAGAAAUAAAUACUCCAACCAGAUCGCCAGAAAUGUUCCAGGGGCAUCGUCUUUGCCAAAGCCUGAAUUGGUCAAGCAGAGUGGGUGGGUUUUGUCGCGCAUCUCUUUUAGAACAAUUCUUACCAAAAAGUGGAAGCAAUCCUACUGGGUUCAGUAUGGCUCGCACACAAUGCUUUGGUUCCGUACUCAGCAAGAUUUCGAUGACUGGUUGAACAAUCCAUACCACAACCAGGCGCAGCGCAACUUUUUGAUUAAGCUUGCUGUUAAUUUUGUCCACGACUUGUACAAACCAAACGUUCGUGGAUACCAAGUCACCCAAUCCCGUGCCAAGCCAUAUGGAAACAAAAUGGUGAGGCAGUUUAAGCUCGAGCGCUGGAUGGACUAUGGGCCUACCAUUGCUGCUGCCUUUGGGUCGUAUGACCCACAAGAGAUUGACAAACUUCGCUCAGCAAUCGUUGAGUGCAUGAAGAAUACACCUUUGGAAGGUGGUGUCCGCCCCACUGGUGCCAUCAAACAGCACCACGAGGAGCAAGCUGAGAAGGCUGCUAGACGUACUGAAUCCGAGAGGUACGAAAAUGGAGCCCCAAACGGGAACCGUGACAACUACAAUUCUGCUCCAAGUGCAAGUCGUUCAGUUGCUUCAGUCGAUGAUCUCUUAGACAGUUCCCCUACUUUCGACGAGAGCGCUUCUUACCCCAAUCUACCAGGCUAUGGACAACCUGACCCUGCCCAAGCUGCCUUUGCAGCUUAUGCCCAACAGGCACCACCACCACAAUCUUAUCCACCGCAGCCACCUCCACAGCAACAAAUGACCCCAUACUAUCCUACUCAAGCUUCACCGCAGCCACCACAAGCCCCUCCACAGCCUUAUGGUGGGGGCUAUGGACAACCCCCACCGCAAGCACCACCACAGCAACAGUACCAAUACCAGCAGCAAGCACAGUUUUAA